AUGGACACCGAGCCACUGCACAGGCCCUUCUCCCAGCCCUGGACAGACUUAGGAUACUGCAAGUGGAAGGACCCAAAUGGAGAGCCCUGUCCCAGCUCUGCCAGUUCCUGGACUCAGCCUCUUCUCUCCCACUCACAGAAAAUCAUCGGCGUCUUCAAGCCCAAGAAUGAGGAGCCCUAUGGGCAGCUGAACCCCAAGUGGACCAAGUGGCUGCAGAAGUUGUGCUGCCCAUGCUGCUUUGGGAGAGACUGCCUUGUCCUGAACCAGGGCUACCUGUCAGAGGCAGGUGCCAGCCUGGUAGACCAGAAACUGGAACUCAACAUUGUUCCCCGCACAAAGGUGGUGUAUCUGGCCAGUGAGACCUUUAACUACAGUGCCAUUGACAGGGUGAAGUCCCGAGGAAAGAGGCUGGCCCUGGAGAAGGUGCCGAAGGUUGGCCAGCGCUUCAACCGCAUUGGUCUGCCACCCAAGGUGGGCUCCUUCCAACUCUUUGUGGAAGGCUACAAGGAUGCAGACUACUGGCUGCGGCGCUUUGAAGCCGAGCCGCUCCCGGAGAACACAAAUCGGCAGCUGCUGCUGCAGUUCGAGCGGCUGGUGGUGCUGGACUACAUCAUCAGGAACACAGAUCGGGGCAAUGACAACUGGCUCAUCAAGUAUGACUGUCCCCUGGACAGUGCUGGCGUGCGGGACAGCGACUGGGUGGUGGUGAAGGAGCCCAUCAUCAAGCUGGCUGCUAUAGACAAUGGUUUGGCCUUUCCCUUGAAACACCCGGACUCCUGGAGAGCAUAUCCGUUCUACUGGGCAUGGCUGCCCCAGGCCAAAAUCCCCUUUUCACAGGAGAUCAAGGACCUGAUUCUUCCCAAGAUUUCAGACCCCAACUUUGUCAAGGACCUGGAGGAAGAUCUGUAUGAGCUCUUCAAGAAAGACCCUGGCUUUGACAGGGGACAGUUUCACAAGCAGAUUGCUGUCAUGAGAGGUCAGAUCCUGAACCUGACUCAGGCGUUGAAGGAUGGGAAGAGCCCACUGCACCUGGUUCAGAUGCCGCCCGUGAUUGUGGAAACAGCGCGCUCCCACCAGCGCUCUGCCAGUGAGUCCUACACGCAGAGCUUCCAGAGCCGGAAGCCUUUCUUCUCAUGGUGGUAGCUGCAGGAGCCGUGGGCAGGGCUUGGCCGCCUCGGACUAGCACUGCAAGAGGAGCUGGGCCACUGCUGCCUCCUGUGGCUGGGACUCGACCUUCAGGGUAGAGCGAGCAGAUGCGACUGGAGGAACCUGCAGCUGAACUGGAGGAGCCAGGCAGAUUGGGCAUGGUCCCUCCCCAGCUCCAUUGGAGCUUGGUGCCCUGCCUGGGGCAGGGGCCAGGAGGAGGUGUGGGAAUCUACCAGGAACUGUGGCAUGGCUGGGACCCUGCUCCUGCCUCUGUUCCUUGGCCUGCAUGCGGUUCUGAGCACCCCUGCUUGGGGCUGGGAUGAACGGGCUACCUGAGCCAGCAUCCGUCCAGCCCUUUACACCAGCCACUGGCCCUUCUUUUCCCCACCAUGCCAGCUGCCAGGCUGGGAAGGCCUUUAGCAGGUGAUACCCCUUCCAUUUCCCUGAGGGUGUGCUGUACUCCUCCACUGUCCCUCCAGUGCCCCAACCCCGUGCACGCUGCUUUCCUCAGGGGGAGUUCCUGCUGCCCACUGGGGUAGCGGGGACCACAAUGAGUGGCUGUUCUCUGGCUAGAGGCUCGAGGAGGGGACAUAAGAGGGACAACACAGGGGACUGGCUUGGAUGCAGUUAGACACUAAGGUAAAAAAGGUGCUGGCUUGUCCAUGUGAAGAGCAGGUGGCUUCGCAGAGCUCUCCCAUGGGAGCUCUCCCCUUUUGCCCCAGUCCAUUUCUCCUGCCUGGGCUCCAUAGCUGCUCUCGCUUGACUUUCUUUCCUCUCCUAGCAAGCUCCCUGGCUGCUGUGCAGCCAGCAUGGUGCCAGCCUUGUCUGUGCCUAGGGACCCUCUGAGGAGCAGGGGUUGCCAGGGAAGGGCUGGAGGGGCUCUUCUGCCACAUGGGUGGGAGCACUGGGGAACCAGCAUGGACUCCUGGCUGCCCUGGAGCUGACAAAUCUCGCAGGCCUGCUGUGGGUGAAGAGGCAGGGAGCCCCUCUUACCAGCAGCUGCUGAGCUUGUGUUGUAUAAAACAGCACCAGGGCUGCUGCCUGCACCUGCUUGCCUUCAGCUGUGACUUCUCAGGCUGCUGGGGAAGGUCAGUGUUGGGUCUUGCUGUUCUGUUAGCCCACCUUUGGGGAGUGAGAAGGAUGAAGGCAGGUGAACCUGGAAGGCAGAGCAGCUGCCUUGUCUCCUGCAAUGGGGAGGGGACUCAGCACUGGCUGUGUAAGCACAGAGGGGGCAGCAGUGGAGAUCCCAACUCCCCGGCCGGGCCCAGCUGCAUUUGACUGACCCAAAAUGUAUUGUUCUAAUGCACUGUAGAAAUGUAUGUAAUGUAUUUAAACCAUGCAACGGUCUGAAUAACAGAGCUGCCAUUCAGCUGGCUA